CCACUGAAUGACGCCAUGUGUUACCCUUGCUUUCCUCAGGUGGGUUCUGACACAUUUUACUCCUUCAAGUAUCAGAUCAAGGAGGGCAACUGCCCUGUUCAGCGUGGCCUCACCUGGCAGGACUGUGACUACAAGGACGCCGAGGAAGCCGCCACUGGAGAAUGUUCAGCAACAGUGGGGAAGAGUAAAACUGAGAAAUUCUAUGUAGUUACCCAGACUUGCAAUAUUACUCCAGGUAAUGGACCCGUAUUGACAGCCCAGUACAACUGUUUGGGUUGUGUACACCCCUUACCGCCUGAUAGCCCUGAACUGGAGCCUGUCCUGAAACACGCAGUGAAGCAUUUCAACAUCGACACCAGGCGCUCCCACCUCUUUGCUCUUAAAGAAGUAAAAGCAGCCCAGAGACAGGUGGUGGCUGGACUGAAAUAUGAAAUCACCUACUCAAUUGUGCAAACUAAUUGUUCAAAGGAGCAGUUUCUAUUCUUAUCUCCAGAGUGCAAAUCCCUUGAGGAUGGAGAUGUUUGGAAGUGUAGAGAUAAUGCCUUUGUGGAUAUCAAACAAAAUGUUGCUGACUUCUCCCAGGACUGUAACAUUUAUUCAGGAAAGUAUUUGACACAUCCACUUCCUGCGACCUGCCCUGGAUGCCCCAGGACCAUACCUGUAGAUAGCCCAGUGUUGACAGAGCCUCUCGGUCAUGCCAUCAAAAAGCUUAACUCAGAAAUUAACCAUAUUUCCUAUUUCAAGAUCCACACAGUGAAAAAAGCGACAUCCCAGGUGGUAGCUGGAAUGAGGUAUUUUAUCGACUUCAUAGCCAGAGAAACCAACUGUUCAAAGGCAAAUAACAUGGAACUGGGACCAGAUUGUGAGGUCAAGUCCUCUGGUAAUGGUCUCAGCUGUAAUGCUGAUGUAUACAUGAGACCUUGGGAGAACAAAGUUGAACUGACUGUCAAGUGCCAAGAUAUACAAAUGACAGUAUACAAACGACAAGGACCUAAACUAGAGAGAGAGACAGCAACUUGCACGAAAGCAUGGUUUCGUGAAUACGAUCCACCUCCAUUUUCACCACCUGUGAGAGGAGACAGGCGAAGCCAGCGUUCAAGCCUGAUCUUCUAGCUGUGAGGAUCAGGA